UGGAGAGACAGGCUCUGAAAUCUAUUUGCUUGGCUUCCUGACAAGGGGAGGGGGGGUGUCUAAUUUCUUUUUUUCCACUGUAAACGGGAUAUCAUUUAAGAGGGAUCCUUAGCUGCGAGCAGCCCAGCUGGGGCAAGGCUGGGAGGCGGGGACGCAGUUGCAAGCAGUGAAGCAAGGUGGAGGCACGAAGAAAGAAGACCAGGUUAAUGAAAGCAUGAGGUGGCUCUUGGGCAGCAGCUGGAGGAAAUUUGGACAUGCUGACAGGGGAAACUAUGACUGGCUAAACAGUGAACCGGGUGGGCCACUUCUGGAAACUGAGCUUCAGAGCAGACAACAGACAACUUCAACCAAAGACGACAUAGAACCAUUUCUGUGCAUCAUAUUGCCUGCCACCAUGAUGCUCUUCCUGGCAUUCCUGCUGCUCUUCCUGUACCGCCGCUGCCAGCGCCCCGCUCCGCAGGGGCAGAUCUUCAGCAUCGACCUCCCCGAGGCCCUGCCCGAGCACGACGUGGCCAAUUUCCUUUCCGUGCUGCCCUGGAACAGCGAGCAGAGGUUCCACUACUCCACCCUGCUCCCUGACGCCACGUUCCUCACCGUGUGUUUGCCUCCCUCCUACGAGGAGGCCACCAUGAAGACUUCUCUGGAGGAGGCUCACAUUGAGCUCUCUCCAGACCCAGUGCCUCCUUACGAAGAGAGCGCGCUGCAGGCCAGCAGCACCAAAUCAACUUCCUAGGGAAGCACCUCAGCUGAAGCAUGCAGCCUCUCAAGGCACAACCGUGGAACUGCUAUGGCCUUUAGAACGAGCAGAAGGACCCUAGAUGAGGCACCAAACCAAUGAGUUAAUGAGGGAAGAAAUGUGGAGUGACAGGGAAUGAGUGUCUUCACCUCAUCCUAGGAUUCUCCACCUUCCAUUUGUAGUGAGCAUACACACACAGCCUAGCACCAGAUCCGUCCCAGGCUGGUAAUGCAGAAAUUCCAGGUAACAAAGCGUGUCAUGCCAGGAUUAAACUUGAGGACAGGUGGGAAUCUGUCCCUCUGCAAUCCCUCAGCUACAAGGAAACACGAAUUAUGCUAUAGAUUCUCCAGUCGCUAAAAGGGCUUUUAGCACAUACCUAUUCCAGUCCGGCUUUUUCUUUUUUUAUGUGUUUAUUUUUAACAGAGUUUCUAACAAGCUGAUCUACUCAGCCUGCGUGUGUCAAUACCACAACAUUCUGCAGUACUCUGGAAUGAUCACAACAGCUCUCAGGAAAGCAAAUAAAUGUAUGACUUCUACCAGAUUUCCAGCAACUGUCCCAAAGUUUCAAAUGUGCACUGCGGAUAAAGGCUGCCUUUUAUCACAGCGGAACAAUGAGGACAACAAGGGAAGACUUGAGCAUUCUGGGUGAGGAAAACUCCAGGAGCACCACACAAGAGCACACUCGCACUGUUGCUGCAAGCUACUUGCCAAAGUCUUCAAGGUACACAGCCUGCAGACUACUGGCUUGACUUCUUUUCCAAUUUACAAGUCUACAACAAUAAACCCUGUGACCUAUUUGGUGCAGCCUGUAAAAGAAUUGGGGGAAAAUAAAAUCAAAUGCACAAGAAAAAAAUAAAA